AUGGGAGAUAUUUUUAUCCAAUAUCCAUCAUCUCUUCUAGCUCGUGUCUUGAAGGGACGGUAUUUUAGACUUACUAGCCCUUUGGAAGCUAAGAAGGCUUAUUCCCCGUCGUUCGGUUGGCAGAGUAUCAUGGCGGCCAAACCAUUACUUCAACAAGGUCUUAGGAAAACCAUCGGUGCGGGAACCAUCACACAAAUUUGGAGUGAUCCAUGGAUUCUCGACAUCCCAGCCCGUCCGGCGAGACCACUAAAUAGAGCAAAUAAUCAUGAUCCAUUACUAAAGGUCAACACCCUCAUUAGAGGAGAUUCGAGAUCAUGGGAUUUACCUCUAAUCAGAUACCUAAUCCAUCCUGACGAUAUCCCUCUCAUUUUAGGGAUGAGGCCUAUUCGUAAUUCCAUACCAGAUGGGUAUGUGUGGAGUCAUACGACCACAGGGGACCCUCAAAUCUCGACAUGCCAGAUCGAUGCAUCUUGGAUUGAUCAUGGUCCGAGCUCCGCAACAAGUUUCUGCAAGAACACACCAUAUCCAGACACCUGUUUCCACUCCUUAAAACUCUCCAUCUCCAUCAACAUAAGCCCCAACAUUCUCUCUUUCCUCCUCCAAACCCUCGAAACAGCUCUUUCCGAAGCCGGAAAACUCACCGAUCUCCUUUCCAGUGCCGAAAACCUCGUCGAGGGCCAACGUGGCUCUCUCCAAGACUGCAAAGAUCUUCACCACAUCACUUCUUCCUCCUUGAAACGAUCACUCUCCAAGAUCCAAGACGGUAGUUAUGAUUCACGGAAGCUAGCCGACGCUAGAGCUUACCUGAGCGCCGCUCUCACCAACAAGAACACUUGCUUGGAAGGUCUUGAAUCGGCUUCUGGUCCGCUAAAGCCAAAGCUCGUGACCUCCUUCGACACCACUUACAAACACGUAAGCAACUCACUCUCUGCUCUGUCGAAACAGAGGAAAGCAAGCAACAUGAAAACCGGUGGCAAGAACCGCCGGUUACUUGGGCUGUUUCCCGACUGGGUCACUCAGAAAGAUCGCCGGUUUUUAGAAGAUUCUGGUGACGGGUACGAUAACAAUGGUGAGUACGACCCGAGUGAGAUCCUAGUAGUUGCUGCUGAUGGAACAGGGAAUUUUACGACCAUUAACGAGGCCAUAAGCUUUGCUCCAGAUAUGAGUAACGAGAGGGUGCUGAUAUAUAUAAGGGAAGGCGUGUAUGACGAGAACGUAGAGAUUCCGAUCAACAAGACUAAUAUUGUUCUGAUCGGAGAUGGGUCCGAUGUUACGUUUGUUACCGGCAACCGAAGCGUCGGGGAUGGAUGGACCACUUUCCGAUCUGCUACUCUUGCGGUUUCGGGGGAAGGAUUCUUGGCAAGGGAUAUAACGAUAACGAACACGGCUGGACCGGAGAAGCACCAAGCGGUUGCAUUACGUGUGAAUGCAGAUUUCGUGGCCUUAUACCGAUGUGUCAUUGACGGUUACCAGGAUACACUUUACACCCACUCGUUUCGACAGUUCUACCGCGAAUGCGAUAUCUACGGAACUAUUGAUUAUAUCUUUGGGAAUGCAGCCGCAAUGUUCCAAGGCUGUAACAUUGUUUCAAAGUUACCUAUGCCGGGACAAUUCACUGUAGUUACGGCUCAGUCACGGGAUAGCCCGGACGAAGUCACGGGGAUCUCGAUGCAGAAUUGCUCCAUCCUAGCUACGGAAGAAUUACAUAACAGCUCAAAUGAAGUCAAGAGCUAUUUGGGACGUCCAUGGAGAGAAUAUUCGAGAACGGUCGUAAUGGAAUCUUUUAUUGAUGAGUUUAUUGACGGUUCGGGUUGGACCAAAUGGACCGGUGGUGAAGGACUUGAUACUCUUUAUUAUGGCGAGUAUAAUAAUAACGGGCCAGGUUCUGAGACAAUAAAGCGGGUCAACUGGUCGGGUUAUCACAUUAUGGGUUAUGAAGAUGCGUUUAAGUUCACUGCAACGGAGUUUAUCACCGGCGAUGGUUGGUUAGGCAGUACUUCGUUCCCUUAUGAUAAUGGAAUUUAA